GUCAGACCUGGUGUAUGGAAGCAGCGUCUGUGGCAUAAGCAGCAUAGAGGCGGAGUGACUGUGAGUAACAGCCGUGGAGUCGAUCGCGGAGUCUGUGGUGGCUACGGAAACACAUUCCUUGCGGGUCUCCACAGCCUCGGAAUUGGAGCGGAUGGGAAGUUAAUGGUUCUGCUGCUCGCAGUGUUGGGGAAAAGCUUUCCAAGGUGGCGACAGACAAGGUUGCAGAAAAGCUGAGUUCUACUCUCUCAUGGGUGAAGAAUACUGUGUCAUAUACUGUCAGUCAAAUGGCAAGUCAGGUGGCGAGCCCAUCAGCAUCAUUACACACUACAUCCUCCUCGACUACUUUGUCCACUCCAGCACUUUCGCCAUCUUCCCCAGUCGAGCUGAGUCCAGAUGAUGUUGAGCUGCUGGCAAAAUUAGAAGAACAAAACAGGCUUCUGGAAAUAGACAGUAAAUCCUUACGCUCCGUUAAUGGAUCAAGAAGAAACAGUGGUUCCUCUUUGGUUUCAAGCUCUUCAGCCUCCAGCAACCUCAGCCAUCAUCAGGAAGAAGAUUCAUGGUUGCUCUGGGGUCGGAUUGUUAAUGAAUGGGAAGAAGUGUACAAGAAAAAAGAGAAGCAAAUCAAGGAACUGGUUAGAAAAGGAAUACCUCACCACUUCAGAGCAAUAGUGUGGCAACUACUAUGCAAUGCUCAGAAUAUGCCAAUCAAAGAUCAGUAUUGCGAUCUUUUAAAGAUGACUUCACCAUGUGAAAAACUCAUUAGAAGGGAUAUUGCCAGGACUUAUCCAGAACAUGACUUCUUUAAAGAAAAGGACAGCUUAGGACAAGAGGUUUUAUUUAAUGUUAUGAAGGCUUAUUCCUUGGUUGAUCGUGAAGUUGGCUACUGCCAGGGAAGUGCUUUUAUCGUUGGCCUUCUUCUUAUGCAGAUGCCAGAAGAAGAAGCUUUUUGUGUUUUUGUUAAAUUAAUGCAAGACUAUCGCCUUCGGGAACUCUUUAAACCCAGCAUGGCAGAGCUAGGUCUGUGCAUGUAUCAGUUUGAAUGUAUGAUACAGGAGCAGCUGCCAGAGUUGUACGUACACUUUCAAGCUCAGAGCUUUCACACUUCUAUGUAUGCAUCUUCGUGGUUCCUCACUAUUUUCCUUACCAGUUUUCCACUACCCAUUGCUACAAGAAUAUUUGAUAUAUUUAUGUCUGAGGGGUUGGAGAUUGUGUUUCGGGCUGGACUAGCUGUUCUUCAGAUGAAUCAGACAGAAUUAAUGCAGUUAGAUAUGGAAGGCAUGUUACAGCACUUUCAAAAAGUAAUUCCACACCAGUUUGAUGGGGGACCUGACAAAUUAAUCCAAGCUGCUUAUCAAGUCAAAUACAAUGCAAAAAAGAUGAAAAAGUUAGAAAAGGAGUACACUACAAUAAAAACAAAAGAGUUGGAGGAGCAAGUUGAAAUCAAAAGAUUACGCACAGAGAACAGGUUAUUGAAACAGCGAAUAGAAACACUGGAGAAAGAAAGUGCAUCCUUGGCAGAUAGAUUGAUUCAGGGACAAGUGACAAGGGCCCAGGAGGCAGAGGAAAACUACCUUAUAAAACGGGAACUGGCCACCAUCAAACAGCAAAGUGAUGAGGCCAGCACUAAGCUGGAGCAGGCUCAUCAUACCAUCAGCGAGCUCCAGCAUCAGCGGGAAUUGCAUAAAUGUAACCCUCGGUACAGUGAGGAAUUUGUGCUCCAGCUGGAAACGGAGUUGGUUCAGGCGAGGCUUAAAGAAGCAGAGUCCCACUGUGCAAUGAAGGAGAUGCAGGACAAGAUCCUGGAAAUUGAGAAGAGGAAUGCCUCCCUGCCAGAUGAGAUCAACGUUGUGAGACUCCAGGAGGAAUUGAUUGCUGUGAAGUUGCGGGAGGCGGAAGCGGUUAUGGCCCUUAAGGAAGUGAAGCAGCAAAUAAAGAAUUUGGAGGAGCACUGGCAGCGUCAUCUAGCACGCACUGCAGGCCGGUGGAAAGAUCCACCUAAGAAGAACACAAUCAAUGAGCUGCAGGAUGAGCUGAUGACUGUUCGAUUGAGAGAAGCAGAAAGGCAUGCUGAGCUUCGGGAGGUCAGGCAGCGAAUGAUGGAGAUGGAAACACAGAAUCAGAUAAACAGCAACCAGCUUCGAAGAGCAGAACAAGAGGUCAGCAGCCUGCAGUCAAAAGUGCAGUACCUCACAGCCCAAAACAAAGGGCUACAAGCCCAGCUAAAUGAAGCAAAGCGCAAGCAAGCAGAGAUUGAGUGCAAGAACAAGGAGGAGGUGAUGGCAGUUCGGCUUCGAGAAGCAGACAGUAUUGCGGCUGUGGCAGAGCUUCAGCAACAUAUAGCAGAGCUUGAGAUUCAGAAAGAAGAAGGGAAAAUCCAAGGCCAACUGAAUAACUCGGACUCCAGUCAAUAUAUCAGAGAGUUAAAAGAUCAGAUUGUAGAGCUAAAACAUGAGAUAAAAUGCCUAAAAAGCCAGAAGGGCCUCCCAGACCAACCCACUUUUGAUGGGAUCCACAUUGUCAACCAUAUCAUUGGCGACGAUGAGUCUUUCCAUUCCUCUGAUGAAGAAUAUGUUGGUGGCACCCUUCAGGAGGGCAAGGUUCAGUUUCACCUGCACAAAAGACAUGACAAGAUGGCGCUGGGCCCUUCAGGCUCUGACAGCAGUGACAGCGACACUGAGGCUCUUUCCAUUGUGACAGAUUCUAAUGGAAUGGUUCCAAAACAAACUGGGAAAAGGACAGAAUCUUAUUCCACUACUGUUUGAUGGUUACUGUGAUUGCUAAUGCAGCCCCAUGGAUCCCAUCGACAUCGCUGCUCAUUCCUCUGUACAGAAUUCUUACACGGCCUUUGAACGUGGCCAGAAUUUCUAUAGAAGUCUUAACUGCCUUCAGAUUUUGCCAAAUCUUCCCAGUCUGCUGCCAUACACGAGGCUGCGUAUUUGUUGUUACAGUAUUAUCACAAUCACUUUGUUUCUUCAAUGUUCAUAGUUUUAAACAAAGUGGAAAGGAAGAAAUGAGUUGUGCAGUUGGUCACGCCGGCGGGUAUCUUGCAAGUCUGUCGAUUCUGUGCAAUAUUUUAGGCCUGUAUGAACAAAUGUCAUGGGUUUUUAACAUUUGUGAUCCUCAGUCAAACUGCCUGUCUCCCGGGCAUCAGAAUAGUAGGUUCAGCAUUUAAUUAGAAUGUGUUUUUAGGGACCCCCUUAACACAAACAUCUAACUUACAUGAGAUCACUCCCUAUAACACUCCAACAGGUGUGUAGCACAAGAGCUAGGAAAGUUUGUGACUGAGCAAGAGUCGUUGCUGGUCCUGUGUCUCUCCUGCUGUUGUGUGACUGUAAGUACCAACAAUCUGUUGGUUGGCAGAGAAUGCUGGAAAGCGCUGGGUGAGUAGUGUUCACCAAUAGUCAUCUAUCCCUGUAUCACUGCUUUGCUGAAUAAGAAAGCUACUGUUAAUUUCAUGACUGGAAAGGGGAAUGUUAUGGCUUACAUGUUUGUGAGUAAAUCUGAAGGUGCUUAAAAGAAUGAAAUACAAUUUACGGAUACUUCUUCUAGGGAUUGACAUUCAGUUUAAGGUGUCAUGGACAUUACUACAUGUACACUAUAACAGUAAAUAGAAAUAGGCAGUAUGGUGAGCGCUAUAGUCAUCUGUUCACCUUUAAAGCGAUGGUAAGGUGAGUGCUUGAUUUAUCACACCAAUAGAUUUCAAUGGCCUGUGCCAGAUUUCCAGUCUCAGAAUCAUUUGAUAGGGCAUGUCCAUUUGUGGGAGAGAAUUUGGAGUUUGGGGUCCCUUGGAUCCUGCAUAAUGGUUGCUGGGGGGGAACCCAAAACUGGCCCAGAUGUGUUCCCUGAAUUAAAUUUGUUUUAAAUCAUUAUGCUAGGUUUGUGUAAUGAAUAGCUGAUCACUGUGUGGCGUCACAAUAAAGCAGUGCCAGGCUGCCAAAUCAGACCAAAUCUCCGUCACCGACGCUUUCCCUAUUUUAAAGUGCACCUUUUGCUGGGAUGUUUUUUUAUUUGUUUUAUGUUUGAGUCAGUUACUAACUAAAAAGGUCAAUUCUUGUGUUGUGAUAUAUUUUGUAUAUAAAUAUACAUAUCUUUCAUUCCGAAAGUGUACAAUACAAACCUUUUUUUUUUUUUUUUUUUUAUUGGAAUGUAAAUGUUAAGGUAUAAUUGUAGAAUUUGCAUCCUAACAGAAAAAAUGAAUUGUGUGUGUUCUGUACAGAACUGGACAACGUUAUGCACUCCUGUUCCCAGCAUGCACCUGCCUGCUGAGCUGUGACACUGGCACGCCGACGGGAGUUAUAGUCGUGCAACACCAGAGGGAGUGCUACUUUGGGAUGCCUGCCCCUGCAGCAGAAAUUGGCUUACAGCCAUAGAGCAAAACACUAACUGUAUCCCUGUGAAUUAGAUUACAGAGCAGAUUUUGCAUUUCCAUAACAAAGUCAUCACUUAUUAAAUGCUUGGGAGAAACACUAUUGAUGAAAAUCUUUUAACAUUAUAUAUAUUAUAUAUAUGUAACUAAAAUAAAUCUUUUUCAUGAAUUAAA